CGAUGAGAAAAUAAAAAAGUCAAACCGGCUGACCAUCGGUGCACAAGGAAUCUCAGCCCAGGUGCUCGCUGCCCACCGAAAUAAUAAGAAAGAACAAUAGACGAACAAGAUUUCGAAGUACCAAAAUUACCCCUUAGUUGCCGCACACAGAACUCCUGAAACACCCGCAAAAGUACAAACCGACGAGUGGCACUUUUGUAAUCUAUCCUUGCGUUUCAACUUUCUUCUUCCCCAUUGAAUCACAGACAAAUUCAGGGAAUAAAACACACGAGUUGUUGUUAUUUAUAUUCUCAUCAUUCGUUAGGGUUUUUGAUUGAUUUAUAUUCUAAUUCACUGAAUAACGAAAAUGGCGAGGGGUAGGGGAAAUCGGCAUCAAGGAAAGAGAUCCUCUACGAUGGUUUUGGUGCUUUCGAUGCUAUUAAUGCUGUCGGUAGUGCUCUUGAUGCUCCUCGGCCUCGGGAUCCUCUCUCUUCCGAUUGGCGCCGAAGAGGGCUCUUUGCCCGUCGCCGAUCGAAUCAAACUGAAGCGAUUCAAAUUGGAGAUCAGCAAGAGUGAAUGGAAAGGAUUGGGGAAAAGAGGGGAGCAGUGGACGGAGAUUCUAUCGUGGGAGCCUAGGGCUUUCUUGUAUCAUAACUUUUUGUCUAAGGAAGAAUGUGAGUAUCUGAUAAAUCUUGCCAAACCUCACAUGGUGAAAUCUACAGUGGUUGAUAGCAAGACCGGCAAGAGCAAGGAUAGCAGAGUUCGCACGAGUUCUGGAAUGUUCUUGAGGAGAGGGCGAGAUAAAGUCAUCAGAGAUAUUGAAAAACGAAUCGCGGACUUUACCUUCAUACCUGCAGGCAUGUCAGAUGUUGAAGAAGGGGGUGAGACAGUUUUUCCCGCUGCCAAGGGCAGUUUUAACUCCACGCCAGGGUGGAACGAGAAAUCUGAGUGUGCUAAAAGGGGCCUAUCCGUAAAACCCAAAAUGGGUGAUGCAUUACUUUUCUGGAGCAUGAGGCCAGAUGCUACUCUGGAUCCAACAAGCUUGCAUGGUGAUAAGAAAGUGAAGAUUCUAUUGUCUAGUUUCAACUAAUUUGUGACUGUUAACAGCAUUCGUGCAUUUGAGAAUUUCAAGGAUGGCGUUCGCAUGAGGGAAUUUCAUUUCUUGAAAUAAAUGUUGCGGCAACACCCAAUAGUCCAAUACAAUACAUGCUUCAUACGAAAUGUUCAGGAUAAAGAAUAGACGAUUGAGAAGCCUUUUUUUUUUUUUUGAGAACAUCAGUUUUGAGCUCAUAGUGUAUCUGUAAAUUGUUGUACUAUCAUGAGAAAAUCUUUCAAUGGCAGGAUGUUUUUUAUGCAAUUAUUUCUGUCCUUGAGGACAACA